UCUCCUUCUCUCUGCCCACCCCCCACCUCUUGGGUUGGGCAGGGCUUGAGAGAGUGUGGGAGUCACCUGCCUCCCUGAGCCUGAGACAUCGAGAUGAGUUUGUGCAUGUGUUCCUGAUCAACUGAGCUGCAAGCGAGGAUGGCGGGGGACAUGGUUGUUGGAGUGCUUUAUAAUAUCCUCUUGCCAGUUCUGCUGAUUGCUGCUAUAUCUUUCAGGUACAAUGGCCUUUCUGUGAUCUAUCUGCUCUUCCUCCUGACACUGCCACUGCUGCCCAAUCCCAGUCAAUGCAGCAUGAGGGGGAAGACGGGCAGGUUCCUGAUGCUGCUCUGCUACACCAGUGUGACAUUCCUCUGUCUCCAGUGUGGAAUGCAGAUCCCCUUCUCCUAUAUACCGAAAGACGUAAGCGGUGUUUGGGAGACCGUUCUCUAUCAUCUUGGCAUUGUGAGGUUCAGUGAUGUGGAUCCUGGAAAUAUCGUGCGGCUGUUAGUGCCGGACUUCGGCCUCUUCGUGUCUGGACUCUUCGUCUGGCGCGUGUGCAGGAGGGUUCUGCGGCAGCCGGUGGUUCUGAGUGUCCAUGAGAACUGCAUCAUGCCCUCUGACCAUGAGGAGACGGACGUGGAGUCCACUGAAUCCGAGACGGAGGAGGAUGAGAGUGAGGUGGGCUCCACCUGGGACAGCUCGGACGAGAGCAGAGAGCAGGUAGCGUCCGCCCCACCUGCCUUCGUGCAGAAACUGAUUGUCUUUGCCGCCGGCCUGAGGUUGCUGCUGUCCACGGUCAUGAACACGGCAGGAAAGGUCGUGGUGACAAUCCAGCUGGCCAUGGCAGGUAUUGCACUGCCCUCUCUGACAUCCACGGUGUAUUUCGGGGCGUUUCUGACCCUUGUGUGGCUGUGGGUGUACGGCCGCCCGCUCUCCCUGCUGGUGUUCAGCAGCCUCUGCGUGAUGAUGACCUUGUUCAGCGCCGGCCACAUCCUGGGCCUCUACCUUUACCAGCUGCCUUUGCCCCAGGAGUGGGUGGCUCCUCACGACACCUAUGCCAGACUGUUUGGCAUGACGGCGGUCAUUAGGACCAAUGGGUCGGACCCACACAGCCUCCUGCUGCAGCCGGAUUUCUCAUGGCCAGUAGUCAUCAACCCUCUGGUCCUCCUGAUGCUGUAUUACACCCUUGUGGCCCUGCUGCACAAGUGGGUCCACAUUGAUGUAGAGGAUGUUGAAGAAGCUGACCAGUCUGCUAUGUGUGAAGUUCCUCCUAGUUUCUCAGAGGCUGUGUUGCCAUCGCCCAUCAAACCAGAGAUGGUUAAUAUGGUGAUGCUCAACAGCUGGGAGAACCACAGCAUCCCCUCACAGGACUCUCUGCUCUCAGACACCAUGUACCCAGACUGCUUUGUGCUUCCUGUGUAUCGACUGCAAGAAUGCCCAAGCUAUGGGUCAGAGGAGGGCAAGAUGGAGGGAACAGAGGGGACUGAUGAAGAGAACGAUGACGACCUACUCUGCGUCUCCGAGGCAACAGCUCCCGACGCUUCACCCAGUGGACUCGCUCUCUUUGGGAUCUUCAUCAUGAAACAGAGUUAUGUCAGCGCCCUCAUCAUCAUGAUGGUAUGGAGCAUCACCUACACCUCUUGGCUGGGGUUUGCCCUGCUGGUAUGGUCCUGUGUGAUCUGGAUGAUGAGGGACCGCCGCUACUACGCCAUGCUCAGCGCUCCUUUCCUGGCCGUCUAUGGCACCGCGCUCCUCGUGGCCAGCUUCAUCAGUGGCUUUGGGCUGAAGAGAGAAGAGCUCUUCCCCAGGGUGCCCAAGGCUGUGCUUAUUGACUUUGAUCUCUAUGUUUACGACGCUCCGUGUCUUCACUUGGGUGUAAAGGUGAUGUACACCUUCAGCUUCUGGUUGCUGCUGCGUCAACAGCUAAGGGAGAAAGAGGAAGCCAGCAAGCUGACGCACGAGAGUGAGGAUGCUGAUGAGGGGGAAUCCUCUGGACUGGUGUCCAUUUUAGGAGGACUAGUGAAAGGAACGCUGGUCAAAUACUGGCUCUUCCUCUGCUGCUCGAUGUUCUUCGUGGUCAGUUUCUCCGGAAAGGUGGUCGUGUACAAGAUCCUCUACAUUGGCCUCUUCCUUUUUUGUGUGGUACUUUAUCAGGUGCGCUAUGACAUCUGGAGGCGCAUACUGAAAUACUUCUGGGCUGUGGUGGUGGGCUACUCCAUGUUUGUGCUGAUCCUCAUCUACAUGUACCAGUUUAAGACCGUGUCUGGACUCUUCAGACAGGUCAUCGGCAUGUCAGAAGAGGGGCUGCGUGACCUGGGUCUGGAGCAGUACGACACCGUGGAGCUGUUCGCACGGAUCCUGCUGCCGGCCGUCUUCCUACUGGCCUGCAUCCUGCAGCUGCACUACUUCAACUCCGACUUCCUCGCUCUCACCGACCUGGAGAACAUCUCUGUCCAGGAUAAAUCCGCCAGACUCAAAAAAGAAGAAAGUGUAGGGAGUAAUGCCACCCUGGAUAAGGACAUGCUCUCCUCCUCUACAGAGAAGAAGGAAGAGGAGACAGAUGAAGAAGAAGAGACGCCGGUGAACACAUGGCUGUUGGUUGUGGAUCGUGCCAGUGUGCUCACCCUGCAGGUGCUUUGUCUCUUGCGUAAGACACAGGCCCUCUGCUGGCGGCUGCUGGAACUGCACAGCCUUAAACUACUCUCCACUGGCAUCAUCUGGGUUAGCGUACAGGAGGUGUCCCUGAUGAACUUUGCGUUCCUGGUGCUCUGGACGCUCGCCCUGCCGUUCCCGCAUCUCCGGCAGAAGGCCUCCAGCGUGUCGUCCGUGUGGGCGUGCGUGAUGGUGGUGUGCAAGAUGAUGUAUCAGCUCAAGGUCAUCAAACCGCUGGAGUACUCCUCCAACUGCACCGCUGGGCUGGGAUCGGUUAACGGUAGCUGGUCUGUCCCUAACUUUGAGGAGCUGCUGACCAAAUCCAUCUUGUAUGUGGAGCCUGUGGACCCUGCUGUGUGGUGUGGGGCUCUGCACAAGUGUGGAGAUCGUAUUCUGCCUUGUCUUCAGAACCACUUGCUGGUGCUGGGUUUGCUUGUGUUUGAUGUGACCAUCCACCGGCAUCAGCUCCACUACCGCCUCAGUAACAACCUAAAAGUCCCGCCUGCCGGCACCAUCUUCCAGGGCAUCACUCGGCAGCACCUGGACCACGGCAUUCUACCCUGCCUGAAGUACUUCAUCAACUACUUCUUCUACAAGUUUGGCCUUGAGGUGUGUUUUGUGGUCGCCGUGAAUGUGAUCGGCCAAAGAAUGGACUUUUUCGCUCUGCUGCAUUCGUUUGCUCUGAUCGCGGUCCUGUCCCACCGAAGGAGGAAAGCCAUAGGAGAGGUGUGGCCUAAGUAUUGCUGCUUCACCGCCGGCCUCAUGAUACUGCAGUACCUCCUGUGUGUGGGCUUCCCCCCGGCGGCCUGCUUUGACUACCCUUGGAGAACAUCUGCAGGUGCGCUCACCUCCAACCUGAUCAAGUGGCUCUACCUUCCUGACUAUGCCAUGAAACCCGAUCCUGCCUUCAUCCUCUACGACUACCUCCUAUUGCUGGUGGCCUCUCUGCAGUGGCAGGUGUUUGAGGAGGAGAACCGGGCCGCCGUGCGUCUGCUCGCUGGAGAGAACGUGGAAAUCAGCCGCACCCUGGACUCCUGCACCCUCAACCAGUACACGCCCGUCAGCAACUUUCUCCACUGCAGGUCUUACCUGGAUAUGGUGAAAGUGUUUGUGUUCAGCUACUUCUUCUGGCUGGUGCUGUGUCUCAUCUUCAUCACGGGGACAACGCGGAUAAACGUGUUCUGUUUGGGCUACCUGCUGGCCUGCUUCUACUUCAUGCUGUUCGGAAGUUCUCUGUUGAUGCAGCCAGUCUGCUACGUGCUUCGCCUGUGGGACUGGCUCAUUGCUUACACAUGCGUGGUCAUCUGCCUCAAGAACCUGCUGUCUCUCGGCUCUUGUGUGUACCUUGGCAGCCUGCUAAAAAAUGGCUGCUUUCUGAUCCAGGCCUUUAGCAUGUUCUGCACCAUUAAAGGCUAUGAUCUCCCUGCCCCAGAUGACGAUUGUGAGCUACCAGAAGGAGAAGCAGGGAUUGUAUGGGACGCAAUAUGUUUCACUGUUCUUCUGAUCCAGAGGAGAAUCUUCCUAAGUUACUAUUUCCUCUACGUGGUGUCUGACCUCAAAGCUUCUAAAAUCCUUGCCUCCAGGGGUGCUGAGCUUUUUGAAGCAAAAGUGAAGAAGCGUGUGGCAGCUCGACUGGAGAUGGAGAAGAAAUCUGUGGAGGCCCUAAAGAAAGACAUGGAGAAAAUCAAAUCUAAACAGAAAAGUCGUCCACCAAAGGAGAAGGAGUCUACAGACCUGGAACCUAAAGGGAAUCUCCAAGACAAUGAUAGCGGGAAAUGGGCGAGACCUUGGGUUUCUCAACCUGGUGUUGGAGACUCCUGUGGGUAUCAGCUGUUUGAGAGUGACAGUGAAGAGGAGGAGGAGGAGCCACAGGAGCAGACAGAGGAGGACACAGCUCCCAAGAAAAAGUCAGCUUUCCAGCUUGCCUAUGGGGCGUGGGUGGCCGGAGCGAAAUCGGCCCUGAAGGGCCACAAGAAAGAAGAGUCCCAGCUGAAGAGAGAGGAGAGGCGGCGGGCCCGGAGAGAACUACAGAAGAAGAAAGGAUUGGAGAGAGUCGAGUCAAGUGAAGAUGAACUGGAGGAAGACGAAGUGGAAGAGGAGGAAACAGAGAACAUAUUCCAGCGGAUCAUCAGCUCCCUGACACUAGUUUGGGUCUUUGUCCAGUCCCUCAUGGAUGACUUCACAGAAGGUCUCAACUCUUUCUGUAAGGACAACCUGGACAUUUCUCGAGUACUGCACCAUGAGCGGGCCCUGCUGGGCCAACAGCAAAAUAAGGGGAGGCAGGUGACGCACGAGAGCAUCAAGCAGUACUACGAGAACUGGUUGUCCCGUCAGAACACGCAGGCGUCGCUGGACCAGGAUGUGGAGCUGGGGUCUCCCGGCUCACCCCCACCUCUGCCCACCUCGCCCCGAGGAUACAAAAAGCUCCAGAGCAUGGGCUCAAAAUUCUCCUGGGGUAGCAGCGUAUCCAGCUGUCUCACCGAUGAGACAUUGCUGGGCUCUCGGCAGCCCACACUGGAGGAUCUAGACGAGCCGCCGCCUCCACCACCCCCGAACUUUGGCCUGGAGCUCCGCCGCAAGCUCCUCAAAUCAGCCCGCAUAGACCUGAGCUCUUUCGACAGCGACGGGCCUCCUCCAGUUGUUGUAGAUGGAGAGAGGGAUGCUGCUGGAGAGAGUGUUGCUGUUGAAGAGGAUGGUGCUAUUGAGGAGAGUGAUGCUGUUGAGGAGAAGAGUGCCUCUGGAGAGAGUGACACUGUUAAAGAGAAGGAUGCUUCUGGAGAGAGUAAGGCUGUUAAAGAGAAGGAUGCUUCUGGAGAGAGUGAGGCUGUUGAAGGGAGUGAAACUGAAGAAGAGAUGGAUGAGGAACUCGAGGAGCACGGACAACAGAAGACAGUGCAGUACCUGGAGUCAUAUGACAAAGAGUCAGAGGAGGACCCGGGUGAAGCCACCCCAGAGCCUGCUCCCCUGAGCGAGCAGACACGAGCGCUGACAGCCAGUGAGCUGCUGCUUAAUGAUAUGUUCCAAAACCCGGAGAUCGAGGAGUCCGACAAGUUCUACCACGUUCUCCCCCGGCCCCUGAGGUUGCUGUUCGCCCUCUACAAUCUUAUGGUGUCCCAGUCAGAGAUGCUGUGCUAUUUCGUCAUCAUCCUGAACCACAUGGUGUCGGCCGCCAUGUUUUCCCUGGUGCUGCCCAUCCUCAUCUUCCUCUGGGCCAUGCUGUCCGUCCCACGGCCCACCAAACGCUUCUGGAUGACCGCCAUCAUCUACACAGAGCUCAUCGUGUUGGUGAAGUAUUUUUUCCAGUUUGGGUUUUUCCCGUGGACUACUUCUGCUUACCGUGGCAUCAACGCUGAUCGUCCAUUUGCAGUGCCCAACAUCGUUGGUGUGGAGAAGAAGGAUGGCUAUGUGUUAUUCGACUUGAUUCAACUUCUGGCACUUUUCUUCCAUCGUUCAAUUCUCAAGUGCCAUGGUUUGUGGGACAACAAAGAGGUGGAGAUGCCUGACUUCUUUAAGAAGAUGAAGAAGAAGACUGAAAAGAAUAAGAUGAGUGCGAAAGGAGGAGGAGGAGGAGGAGGAGGAGGAGGAGGUGGGGGUGAAAAUGCCCCAGCCCCUCGGAGACGACUACGAUUCUUGCCCCUGCAGGCGUCCACCACCUCCUCCCUAUUCAACGGAUGGGGCAGAAGCAAAAGCUCAGAGGAGUCAGAUGGACAAAAGCCGAAGAAGCGCAGGUCUAAGAAGAAGAGGCAAGCUCCCAAAGUGCCAAUGACCCGCAAACAGAGGAUCCGUCAGCACAUCCGAGAGAGGGCUCUGGUAGUCAAAGCGGCCCUCGUUGAGGUUGGCCUACACAUCUACCUACCCAUCAGGCAGUUCUUCUAUGACAUCAUCCACCCCGAGUACAGUCCUGUGUGUGAUGUGUAUGCCCUGAUGUUCUUGAUUGAUGUCGUCAAUUUCAUAGUCAUCAUUUUUGGCUACGGGGCUUUUGGGAAACACAGUGCAGCAGCGGACAUCACAGAGUCACUAUCAGAUGACCAGGUCCCAGAGGCCUUCCUGGUGAUGCUGCUCAUCCAGUUUGGGACCAUGGUGGUGGACCGGGCCCUGUACCUCCGCAAGACGCUUUUUGGAAAGUGUGUUUUCCAGGUUUUGCUGGUGUUUGGGAUCCACUUCUGGAUGUUCUUCAUUCUACCUGGAGUUACUGAACGGAGAUUCAAUAGCAACUUUGUUGCCCAGCUGUGGUACUUUGUCAAGUGCAUCUACUUUGGCCUGUCUGCCUAUCAGAUCAAGUGUGGGUACCCAAACAGAGUUCUGGGGAACUUCCUCACUAAAAACUACAACUACCUAAACCUCUUCCUUUUCCAAGGGUUCCGGAUGGUUCCUUUCCUAACUGAGAUGCGUGCUGUAAUGGACUGGAUCUGGACAGACACGACCCUCAGCCUGUCUAGCUGGAUCUGUGUGGAGGACAUCUAUGCCAACAUCUUUAUCCUCAGGUGCUGGAGGGAGUCAGAGAAGAAAUAUCCACAUGUUCCUGGCCAGAAGAAGAAGGGUUUGGUCAAAUAUGGCAUGGGAGGCUUCAUCAUUUUCACUCUGAUCUGUAUAGUGUGGUUCCCUCUACUCUUCAUGUCAUUGGUCAAAUCUGUGGCUGGAGUGACCAAUCAGCCCUUAUAUGUCUCCAUUCAGCUCAGUAUUGCAGGAUAUGAGCCCCUGUUCUCCAUGACUGCUCAGGAACAGAAUUUAAUGCCAUAUUCAGGAGCCGCGUACAACCAACUGACCAACAAAUACGCCACUUAUCCGUCUGCGAUGCAGUUCUUAACAGGUUACAUGCCCGAGGACAUUGUGGUGGCACAGAUCAAGAGUGACGCUAGUCUGCAGUGGAGCAUCAGUCCAGCCAGCAGAGACGCCAUGAUCCAGGAACUGAGCAACUCCACACAUAUUUACAUCACCCUGCGUUGGGCGUUAUUACGGAAUGCCACCCUCUCCAUGAAUGUUGAGACUGUGGGUGAAUAUACAGUCAAAUAUGAGGACAACAAUCUGAGAGAUGAGAUCGUCAAGAUGUUGAGAGGGAAUCACAGCAAUGUUGUGAUUAUAGAGUCUCUGCUGCCUAAAUAUAUCCGAGGGCCCUCAGGACCAGAAGCAAAGAUGGCCAAUCGGCUGAAUGUAGAGCAUUCGGACGAUCCAGACGACGUUCUGGACUACGCUUACUUCCGUCCGUUGGCUAUCAAACUCAAGAGCUCCAAUCAGAGUGCAGACGGGGCAGGGGCAGGGCCAGGGACGCAGUGGUGGGUAGUGGAGGAGUGCGCUCCACUAUAUCCACCAAUGAAAUGCCAGAGCAUUCAGCUGGUCAUCUUCAAUGAUAAAGUCAGCCCUUCAAGUCUCAACUUUCUGGCAGGACAUGGGAUUGUGGGUCUCUACAUGUCCGUUGUGCUUGUGAUUGGGAAGUUUGUGCGUGAGUUCUUCAACGGCAUUUCUCGCUCCAUCAUGUUCGAGGAGCUGCCAUGUGUGGACCGCGUGCUCAAGCUUUGCACGGACAUCUUCGUUGUGCGCGAGACAGGAGAGAUGGAGCUGGAGGAGCAGCUUUUCGAGAAGCUCAUCUUCCUGUACCGCUCACCAGAGACUAUGAUCAAGAUGACUAGGGAGAAGAAAAACAACUAGCACACUCAAACUUUUUUUGUGUGUGUGUGUUAAAAGCAUUUUUUUUCCUGAGGUUGUUUUAAAAUAGUUACAACCAGAACCUCAGGGAGACAGUGAUGUCACAUCUCAGGCAAAAGCCUUGUCGAUCAGUCUGAUGAGCAUAACUAAGUAUUGGGCAUUAACACUCAUUUGAUCCAUCACAUCUGUUAUAGACAUGACCUUAUAUUUUAUUAUUAUUAAGAUGUCAUUUAGCUUAGUUCAAUGUAGCUGCCACCUCUACUGUAAAGUGUCUUAUGAAAUGUUGACCUGCUGGAUGUAGGCUAAAACUGCUGUUGCAUGCAUAGCUGCCUAAUCUUCCCCUGCUACCUCACCAGCAGGUGUUCCUUUACCUUGAAUGUCAAGUGGGUGGAUGUAUCUAUUUGUACAGAAAGCCUAAAACACAUUGUGGCCCUUUUUAUGCAAAUAAAAACUACAUGUACAUAUGCCACAGUCCCAUGCAUAUUAUGGGUAUACUGAAGUAUCACCAUUAAACUUGAAGGUGACGUUAAUUCAACUGCAGCAGUACAUUUACCUGUCACUACUUGUCAAGAAUGAAAAUGAGAUCUCUGGUAU